AUGUCCAUCAGCACAGGAAGCCGUGAGUAUCCCCAGGUGCCUCUGACGCCCCCGACGCGUCCUCUGGAGUGGUCGGAUGUGAACGUCAUACAUACGACAGACUCAGACUCAGAUCUGAGCUUCCUGUGCGGCACUGCUCCUCAGGACUACACCCUCUCGCGAGACUUUUAUCCGUCGAACGGCUCACUUUUGUCUCUGCUCAUCUCUGAGGUGAAGUCCCUGACAGGCUCCGUUUCCUGA